AUGGGACAGCAAAGGGUGCGGUAUGUGCUGGAAGCAAUUACAGAUCCAAUCAAAUUACGUACAAAUUUACUCCCGUUGGUGGAGGAAUGCGCAAAAUUGUCAGGAAAGGAUGCUUUGGGAUGGGCUUUGCUUGCGAAGUUAGUUUAUGCUUGUGAUCAGGAGAUGCUGAAAACUAUUUCAUCGAGAAUUCAGAAGAGAUUGAUUGCUGCUACCAGACAACCAGUUACAGUUCCUCUGUUGCACUUUGUCCGUUCAUUCCUUGUUCGUUUUCUAUGGCUCAAAAAUUUCAAUGAACAAACUUUGGCUUGUAUUUGUUCACAUGCUGUGGAUUUCAGUGUUGAAAAUUGUUCCGAAGAUACUACUAGGCUCGUUUCCAAUAUAUAUGCAUUGUGGGCAGGAACUAAGUAUGAUUACAUCUUGAUAAAGGCACUGAAAAGUAUAUUGAGCGAUGUCAUUGUUGAGGAAAAGAAUGAGAACGAGAAAGCACUAUUUCGUUUUGAGACAGCUGUACAGCGAUACCUUUCGCAAUUUGUUUCUACAAUAUUCAACCUGCAUACAGAAGUAAUGAUGCGAUGUUCGCCAGAUGACAAAAUUGCUAUAAAUGAGUGGUUGGAUAUCGCAUAUGAAUCAGCAAGUAUUAUUGAACCCCAAAAAAAAAGCUCCAUUUUUCGAUGGUUAAGGACUUUCCUUUUAAAAGCUAAAAGCUGUGCACAUGUUGCUGUACGAAGAAUUGCCUCAUUUAUCAGUGAUUUCUCUCACCCAAGUGAAGCUUAUUAUGAAGCAGUAAAAGAAUAUGUUCAGUUGGGACCGGACCUGAGUAUUAAUGCUCUUUUCAGAACCCUUAUUCGUUCUGCCAAAUGUCAGUUGAACUCGCAGGAAUAUGGAAAAACAUACGCUGAAGCGCUCGGUGCAAUGCUAGAAUUAAGACCCUAUCUAUUGGAUGUUCACGAUGUGAUAGAGCUGCAGCACUUAGUUUGUCAGGAAGCUUUCCAAAAUCGAAAAUGUAGGCCGGCGCUGUCACUGCUAAACUCAUUGCUUGCUAUGAACAAUGAAUUGGUGCCGUCUCCUAUUCAGAUUGCGCAAAGCAUUUUUAAUAGCGGCGAAGAUUGGUGCGAUGAAAUACGUCUGGGUCGAGCGCUGUGUUCUUCCAUAUCUCGACCGCGUAUUCAAAUAAUCGUGCCUCAAGAUGACUUGUUGAAGAAGUUAAGUGAUACUAUGAUGAGUGAUCGGCAGAUGCAUUUCGAUAAUUUUCAGAACUCGGCUAAGCUAGCUAUGCCAAAUGAAUCGAAGAUACAAUCUAAGAGCAGUUCAAUUAGUGAUGAACUUGUUAGUGAUGACUUUAUAGAGAAUCAUGAAAAUGUUGGAAUGGAAUCAGCUGAAAAUGUUAUUAGGAAGCGAGUGUAUCGGCCAACAGGAAAAACAACCUUGAAGUAUAUACGAAUUGAUUCUGAAUAUGGCGAAGAAAUGCUUUCUUCUAAGAGUGUAAGUUCGCAAUCUUCGGAAACAUUAGAAAUAACAGAUGAACAAGAAAUAGCAAGAAGAGCUGAGUGCACUUUAGUAAAGCAAGAGAAAUUGCAAGAUACUGCUGUUGCAGAUGUUGCAGUAGUGAAACGUAAUUCAGAUUCCGAGGUCGUAAUUUUGGAUAAAGAUGUAAUUGAUUAUGAGUUAACUGUUGAGCAAAUAAUGGCCGAUUUUGUGCCCGAGUUGAAGUACCAUUCGUAA